AUGGGAUCCAUUCCAUUCCUCCAACACAAUGGCUUCCCUCCGGGUGUUUAUUGCAACGACGUGGACGACGACGACGACGACGGCGACGAGGACGAUGAUGAGAACGACGCUGAUUCGACCAACGAAAUGCCGUGCUGGUUAACGUUUAGGACACCGGAAGCAGUGACUUCAGCCAGUGCGAAGGUCUCCGAAAAAGAUAUUCGGAAAUGGUUCAAAACUGUAGAAGAGUACUUAAUCGAAAACGACCUGUCUGACGCUUUGAAAGAUCCAGCACGUAUACUUAAUGGCGAUGAAACAGGGUUCGCAUUAAAUUCUUUGUCCAAGAAAGUUUUGGCUACAAAGGGUUCUAGGAAUGUCUCAGCAGUAGAUACAGCAAAUGGAAAACAAAACAUAACAGUUCUUUUUUCUUUCGCGGCCGAUGGAACUAUUAUACCACCAGAUGUUAUACUACCGUACAAACGCUUAAGUCGAGAAAUAGUUUCUUCUUUUCCACCUGAGUGGGGACUGGGAACCUCUGAUUCAGGUUGGAUGAAUUCCACGAAUUUCACUCUUUAUAUAAAGAAAAUUUUGUAUCCUACUUUACUUAAAAAGGGAGUCAAAUUUCCGGUGUUAUUUUUCGUGGAUGGGCAUAAAUCUCAUACAGCCUUAGAGGCAGCAGAUGUUUGCUCAAAACUAGGAAUAGUUCUUAUUGCUCUCUAUCCCAACGCCACAAGGAUAAUUCAACCGGCAGAUGUGUCUAUAUUCCGGCCACUGAAAAACAGCUGGGAAACGAUAAUUGACUCGUGGAAAACAGAACAAUCUUCCGAGCGAGUAACGAUACCCUUAUUUGGAAAAUUGUUGCGAGAAGCAAUGGAACGAUCGCUUAAGAAAUCAACAAUCACUAAUGCAUUUCGUGCUUGUGGUUUAUUUCCGUUCGAUCCGAAUGCUGUGGAUUAUACAAAAUGUAUUGCUAAAGCAGUUCAUCCAAUCUCAGAAUUGAUAACAGGGGGUCAAGUUGUAACUGAUCUAACUGAUAAAAAUCAAAUGACUCUGGUACCUAGUUCAACAAUCAAAGAAGCCAUUGAAAUGAUUGGAGAAGAAAGAAUAGAACAUUACAAAACUUCCGUUUUUUCCGGUUUAUCCGCGGAAGAAAAAAUAAUAUCAUUUAUUUACAAUAAAAUUUUAACUGCUGGACAAAUCAACAUUGAUGCUUCCGAGGAAGCGUUUGUUGAACCCGAAGUCAUGAUUCAAGAGGAGGAUGAGAGUUGUAAUGCUUUGGAGCAGAAUUUUACGUCCGAUAUUGUAAUGCCCCUAGAGUUGAGAGAACAGAGUUUUUCCGGGGAGGAUAGACCAAUUAUCAUUGAUGAUAUGGAUGAAGCAAUAGUACAUGAACCUCUGAUUGUGCUUCAAGAAGGUGCAGAAUUAGAUGAUGUCUGGGCACAAAAUUUUUCAUCUGAUACUGCAACAGUAUUUCAUACAUCGACGAAUUGGAAAUUUGAUGACGAUUUCAAGAAAGCAGUUACAGUACCAAUGGUCGUAGAUAAUUUUCAAUUUCAGACUCUGGACAUGGCUCAGGAAUCCGCAAUUGAAGAGCCAAUGGUUGUGAUAGAGGAAAGAGUAGCAUUUCCAGAUGACUCCUCGGAUUUGUCGUCUGAUCCAAGAAACUGUAAUCUUUUCCGUGCUAUGAGUACAACAUCUUCAGGGUCGAAUAUGUUAAUGUCUAAUAAUGAUGUUGGACCAUGUGAUGUAUUGACCGAUAUUACAAACAUUCCCAAUUCAAAUCCUAUUCAAUCAUUGAGUGCUUCAAAGUUUUUCGUUGCUCCCCCAACUCCAAAGCGAAAUCCGCAACAUAGACGUUAUAGGCAAAAAUCUUAUGCUAUUUUGACAGCCGGAGAGAGGAUGAAGGAGCUUACCGCAAAAGCGUUUGAAAAUGCUGAAGCAAUAAAAAUCAAACAAAUGAAAUCAGAGCUGCGCAUCAUUAUCAUUAUCGUCAUCGUUCCUUCGGUUGGGGUAGUCACCGGUUGGCACGGAUCGGCACUCGGUCCUAGGCGGGAAGCUGACGCCGCGAUGUUGUUAGUUCGGGCCAGGCGUGCGAGACUGAUACGCGCCGUUGAUCAUCCGAUUCGGCCGCCGAUCGAUGAGUGGAUGGUCGCUCUUUGA